ACCGCGUGGUGGUCAUAAUUGGAAUUGUAUAGAUUUCGUAAGAAAUUUACGCAUUGUGAAAUAAAAGCACAAAGUUGUGUCCAUUGUGAAUAAGAGUUCUUUUGAAAUAUUUAUGCAUCUCGCAAGCUGUGAUAUUGUGUAAAACUGUCUUCCCAAAAUAUAAAAGAAACAUCAUGAAUAACAGUGCGCAAAAGGUGUCAGUUUAUUCAACUAGAAACAACACUGUUGAACAUAACAGAUCUAUUAGUAGUAAUGCCGAACAUAAUCCUGGGGCGGAAUCUGAACCAAUUACAAUCGUAUCUCCUUCACGGUCAAUUUUGAUGUCCAAAAGGAACUUCCUUCAUGCCGUUCGCGACAAACUACGUACAACAGGUGGCGCUUGGGAUACACAGUCAUUUAUUAUUUCUGAACAGACGCACAUAAAUGUACAGUCAGUACAUCUGCUAAAAGAUCGGUAUUUGGUCAGCGCUCAAUCUAGUCAUAUCUCAGCGGAAUCAGCUGCUAAAACUCCAGCCUCUUAUCGCCACCUCAUUGAUCUCACCUCAUCAAAUCUGACAGUGUCUGAUGUUUUCAGCGGAGAACACUUUCUCUGUAAGAUUAUUAACGAGCCUCUGCACAAAGUACAACGGGCGUACUUCAACUUACAACAGGAUGAUGAACUGUAUCUCAGUACCAUACACGGCCACAAACUGAUACGGGGGGUGCACGAUCUAGUCCCCUUGUCGAAAGAUCGCACCUAUAUUAUUAUAAAACCACUGCACGCACACUGCGACUCCGUGGGUAGCACUGCAGGAGCUUAUGAUAACUUGCAUACAUAUAUUCGUCAUCAAAAGCGACUAUGUGAGGCCGAAGCGCGGUCUUUAUUUCAUCAAAUAUGCCAGACGGUCCAAAUUUGUCACCGUUAUGGUAUAAUUAUUCGCGAUCUUAAGCUAAAGCGUUUUUACUUCAUUGAUGAAGCGAGAACAAAAUUACAAUAUGAAUCGUUGGAGGGCUCCAUGAUCCUUGACGAUGCUAACGAUGACACACUAAGCGACAAAAUCGGUUGUCCUUUAUAUACUGCUCCAGAAUUACUAUGUCCACAGCCAACUUACCAUGGUAAGCCGGCAGAUAUGUGGUCGCUUGGCGUUAUACUGUACACCAUGUUAGUGGGUCAGUACCCCUUUUACGAGAAAGGCAACUGUAAUUUAAUAACGGUCAUACGACAUGGUAAUGUUCACAUACCACUUUCGCUUUCUAAAUCGGUACGGUGGCUGAUAUUAUCGCUAUUGAAAAAAAACUAUACAGAGCGCAUGACAGCUAUGCAUAUAUUCUUAGCGCCCUGGCUGAAGGACCAGCGUCCUUUUCACGUGUACCUGCCCAUAACCAUUGAGAUUACAGAAGAUUUGGAUGAUAAUGACAACAAUCACGAUGGAUUGGCAAUGGAUGUGGCGAUUAAUCAUAAGGAUAUUGGUGUAGAGCCAGAACCCUUAGACUACACGCGCAGGACGUUGCAAAUUAUCCAUGCCAGUUCUUUACCUGCAGAUGUAGAUUUGGGUUGAAGAAGUGCCGACCCUGUUUUUCUUCAAUAUUGUGUUUAAAUAUUAUUGUAGCUUUUUAUGCUCAAAUAGCCGGGUGUGCUGCAAGAAGAGCAACUAAUUGGUUUCAUUUUUUGCAUCCGUAAAAUGAAAGUAAUGCUCUCUGCGAAGCAUAUAUGUUUCUUUUCCGUAGUAAGAGCAACAUGGGUGGUUUGAAUUCGUGAUAUUAUUCAGAGUUCCUGAUAAUUGUUAUAAGAUUUGUUUAUUUUAUCACAAGUAAACAUUAUUCAAAUCACGAUUAGGGACAAGAAUUUGUUUUUAAUGUAAAUAGUGUAAAUGAAUAAAA